AUGGCCAUAUUGGUCUUUCUAGUCAUAGCAGCGCCGUUAUCUCUUGCGUUCGGGGUGCUUAUUGGCAACAUUGCAGCUGCAGCACCGCGUACGUCGCGCCUCUAUAGGUUGAGGCAAUGUCUUUUGUGUUUAGAGAGAAAUAGGAAGGGUGUGUGUGUUCUGAACCUUGACCAGCUCUUAUUUCAGCGACGCAACUGCUUUGUCGUAUGUUUCUAUUGGCUGCUCUUCAUCAUGUCCAUGUAUUCUUUUUUCAAAACUAUUCUAGGACCUCUAACAGUAAUCAUCCCAGAAAGAAGUGGAGAGGAAGGCGCGUAUCAAUGGACCCGAGCGCUUUUAAAUUUAUCCCCCUACUCGUCUAGCCCUAGUAAGGUUAGUAUAGUUGGUAAGGUUCGUAUGGUCAGUGUACCUGCCUUUAAUAUUUUAUCAGCAACCUCCUUUGCGCUGGCAUGCCUGCUGGAUCCUGGAACCGUGGCACCAGAUAAAUCUAGCACUGGUGCUAACAAUUCUGUUGGUGUGACAGACCCGGAGGUUGACGCCCGAAAGGAGGCUUCGGACCUGGAGUCCGACAGUGCAUAUGACACCUUUUUGUACCCCAGAAAAGUAUGCUCUACAUGCAUGGUUCCUCGACCGCCUCGUUCUCAUCACUGCGGCGUUUGCUCAAGGUGUGUGCUGGACUUUGAUCACCACUGCAUCUGGACUAAUAGCUGCAUAGGCAGAAACAAUCUUCUGUGGUUCAACGGGUUUCUCUUUUUUACAUCCGUGGCACUCAUUAACACUGCGCUCAUUAAUGCUCUAACCAUUUAUCGAGUCCUAACGCUUCCUGGUCUCCCUGUGCUGAGCCUAGCCUGGUCUAAGAAGAUAUCUGUUAAGUUUAUGGCACUUUGGCUCAUCAAUUCCGUCCCCAUUCAUGUACUCUCUUGCUUGAUGCAUGGUGCUGUUGGUUGCAUGCUGUUGCCGUUUUCAUGCUUUCACAUUACCAAUGUUUUAAGAAACACCAGAACCGCCGAGAGAAUCAAGCGAGAAACUGUUGUGGCCAAACUGAAGGCUGGGGAGUUCACGCUAAUGGUACAAGCGCCGUUGGAGGAGUGUGCGUUACUGCCCAAAAAUUUCGCAAAAGUGAGCCCUAGAGCUCUUUGCGAGUAUGCAUUCCACUUUGUUGAAUUGAUAGACGCCACAUAUGGAGAUAUAACAACCAUAGACGGUGUGUCUGGGCGAGUACUCACCGUGAAAGAGAGCGAGUAUGUUAUACAUAAGUACAAUAGAUUUGACCGAGGAAAGCUGAACAAUCUCAUUUCGGUGCUGCGCAAUGGCUUGGAGUUUAAGCGCAACAUCGUAUAA